AAAGUGAAUGCCAUAGUCUCAUAAGAAGAAGCUAUACACAUCUGUACAGAAGAAAAAAUUGUUUUAAUGAAUUUUAAUAAAAAUUGUAAAGAAAAAACGUAAAAAUAUUACUAAAAUGAUUUGUCGUUUAUGUUUAAAAGACAUUCCAAAAGAAUCUAGUAUUAAAUUGUAUGAAAAUUUAGAUACAUCCGACGAUUCGAUAGAAAUGGUCAAACUCAUUGAAAAGUAUCUGGAAAUCGAAAUAAAACAUAAUGACAUUGUUUCCACUAUUAUAUGCCAAGAUUGCUAUGAUCACUUGGAAGAGUUUCAUCGAUUUUCGCAACAAGUGGCUGAGAAACAACUAACACUGCGUAAUGAGUUUUUGGAUGUAAAUCUUAAGAAAGAAUUCAAUUUUGACGACAAUGACGAUGCUUGGGACAAUGAUGAUCAUGAGGACAAAAUUGAUCCAAAAGAGACCACUCAAGAGAUGACCAUAAACUGCCCAAUAAGUAUGUUUAAGGAUGAAACAGACGAUGAUGAAAAGGAUGAGCAGGAAAUGCCCACUGAGGAUUUAAUGGAUACAGUUAUAUGUAACAAUGAGAAAGAUAUUAUAGCACCAGAUAGUGUUGCUGUUAAUGAUGAUGAUUAUAUACCUGAUCAAAUUUCUUCAGAUGAUGAUGAUGUUCCAUUGAUAAAACUAAAAUCCACAAAGAAAACUUCCCAAAAGAGGAAACGUAAGAAGGCGCCAGCAAAACCUCGCGAGAUCAAAGAAAAGAAACCAGCUAAAAAGAAAUUAUCUGCACAAGAUGAAGUGGCCAUGUCAAUAGAUCUAGUAUGUGAUAUUUGUCAAACCCGUGUUGAAACAUGGAAAGCGUUAAGGGAACAUUUCCUGCUAGCACACACUAAAACUCCAUAUAUUAAGUGUUGUGACAUUGUUUAUCGUAAACCCCGAGAACUUAUUGAACAUCUUGAGUGGCAUAAAAAUCCUGAUAUGUUUAGAUGUCAAAUUUGUGAUAAAAACAUGUCUAGCGCCCGUAAUUUAACCAUACAUAUUACAUCGGAACAUCCCGAUGAAGCUGACUCAGUAGAAUUCUACGAGUGUGAACAUUGUUCCAAACGUAUACGCAAUUAUAAUUUAUUCAAAAAGCAUAUGCGCUCCCACAACAAAGAUCAGGAAGUUGAAUGUCAUAUUUGCAAUAAAAGAUGUGCAACUAUAUAUCGUUUGCGUAAUCAUAUUGCAUCCGUACACAAUAAUAUAUACCACCAUAUUUGUGACAUUUGUGGAAAGAAAUUCAAAUCAAAGACAUCCUUUCAAAAGCACUACGACGAACAUCAAGGCAUUGUUGAACCACCGGCUCAAUGUACAAUCUGUGGUGCAUGGUUGAAAAAUCAACACAGCCUACGUGUACAUCAUCAAACACAUGAAGACACACAGUUUGCCUGCGAUAUUUGUGGUAAAUUCUUCAAGACUAAAAAGAAUUUGAGUCGUCACAAAGGCUAUUGGCAUCGGCGAGAACGCAAUCUUUCGUGUAGCUAUUGCGACAAAGUGUUUCGUGAAAAACGCAAUCUUGACGAACACAUGGCCAUGCAUACAGACACCAACCUGUAUACAUGUCCGCAUUGUGGCAAAGAGUCAAGAUCCAAAUCAAAUAUGUAUGUGCAUAUAAAACGUCAGCAUCCAGACGAAUGGUGGAAAUCAAAACAGGAACGUUAUAAAUUAAAACCCGAAGAAGGUGGACAAGCAGGCGGAGAAGAUGAGGUAAAAGAUAAGUCACCAGUAAUAGACGCACCAGUAUCAUCAACUCUAGCACAGGAAUGUAUUAAUACGGAAUAAUAUUAAUAAAAGUGUAUCGUUUUAGAUUUUAGUUAAAUGUUGCAAAAUAAAAAUAAUGCCAGCAUGUCAAAUAUUUAUACAAAAAUA